AUGAGAGAAACUGCUCUAGAAAUUCCAACAUAUGAGUGGCCCGCGGCAGAUGAUUGCGACUCCAUGUCAGACGACGAGUUUUCGAUCACGAGCGAUAUGAUCCCGGAAGAAAGCCAUGCUACUUUUUACUGUGCAACUUGUGGCUGUGGGACAUUUUUUCUCUGCUGUGGAUUGAUUGGGAUGCUUUAUUUUCUUGGCUCGCCGUACUAUGCUGACGAAAUCUGCUUUCUGAUCUUUUUGGGAGUCAAGAAGGCUUACAAGGUGCAGAAAAAAAGGGAGGAGCAGAAGGCAAAAAUACGAGCGAUGCUUUACAGCGACCUGUUAUCAACCGCGAAGGAAAUCUAA